AGCUGCCAGCGCAUUUGAACGUGGGCGCUUCGUCCAGCCUCUUUGGGAAAAUGAAACUGCCCACUGUCUUCUCGUCCAUUAUCUUCGCAUGGAUACACAGUGUGAAUACUCAACCGACUCCUCGAGAGCCCACAAACUUCACCUUGACCGGCCACAUCACGCCGGACCAGAUCUUCAGCUUCGUCUACGUGCCCUUCAACGUCUCUGCCGAGGUGACCUCGAUGUACGUGCUACAGAACUACUCGUUCAAGGGCGCAGGCAACUCCCUCGACCUAGGGGUCUUCGAUCCUCACGGCGUUGCCCCAAUCAACAGCGAGACCGGCUUCUCUGGUUCGCGAGGCUGGUCUGGAGGGUUUCGAAACAAGUUCACCAUCUCUGCAAGCGAUGCCACGCCAGGAUAUAAUGCUGGGCCUUUACUCCCGGGAACAUGGAAUGUCGUGCUGGGUCCGUACGCAACGAACCGCUCCGGCAUUGACUGGACACUAGACGUCUCGCUCUCCUACUCCCCCCUCGACUCACCUCCCUGGACUCCGUCGCUGGCGCCCAUCUACAAAGAGCCAACCCCCCCGACAACCCCUAGGAAAUGGCUCCGUGGCGACUUCCACAUGCACACCAUCUACUCUGACGGCCGGUAUCUACCCAGCGAGCACAUCGCGCACGCCAUCUCGUACGACCUCGACUUCAUCUUCUUCUCCGAACACAACACCGACUCCGGGAACAACAACAUCGGGCGCUGGAUCCCAGCCAACGCAUCGAAUCUCCUCAUUGGCCGGGCCAUCGAAGUCACCACGCGACAUGGCCACUGGCAAGCGAUCGGGCUCGAGCGGUCACAGCAGGUCGAGUGGAGGUACACCAAUUCGUCCGGCGACACGGGCUUCGUCGACGCGGCCACCCAAGUGCGCGGUUCCGGCGGCCUGGUCUCGAUCAACCACCCAUUCCAAAAUUGCUCGAGGUGCGAUUGGACAUUGGACUGGGAGCACAACGACGCGAUCGAGGUCUGGAACGGUAGGUUCGACCCGCUGGAUGAAGUGGCCGUCCAAUUUUGGCAGGGCGAGCUGGCCACGGGGAAGAAGCUCACCGCAUUAGGCGGGAGCGACGCGCACAGUCCGCCGGAUAUCAACGGCUUGCCCACGACUGUUGUGAGGGUCACGGGAGAGAAGAGUCAAGCGAGCAUCGUCGAGGCCGUCAAGAGGGGACGGGUGUACCUGGUCGAAGGGCCCGGGAUGGACAUCGACUUUGGAGUGGUCUACGGGAAUGGAGACCGAGCAACACGCAGGGCAGAGAUCGGGGAUGUCGUCCACAAGGCGGACCUAGGUGUUGAUGCAUACGCGAGCUUCUCUGCUACGGGGUUCGAAGCCGCGCGUGCGUGCUUCGUCUCCGAGAAGGGGUAUUUCCAGAACGUGUCGCUCGUGGAUGCCCAACGUAUUCAGCAGAAUGUGGCCGGGAUGGAUUUUGUCAGGGUCGAGAUUCGGGACGGGUCUGAUACGUUGCUCGGGCUGACGAAUCCGGUCUAUUUCGAGUAA